GCCAACGCGAACGGAGGCGCACAAAUGUUUUUGGCUGUUAAUCAAAGUUUGCACAAAUCCAAAAUGAAAAAGAAACGGAAAAGUAAUGCAAACGAAAUGAUGGAAGGAUUGCCAUCAACGACAGCAAUAGCAACAGCAGCAACAACAACAACAACAGCUAAUGAGCGACCCUAUUUGGAGUCAUCAGAUUCAAGGACCAAUAUUCUAAGAGACAUCAAUAAUAGUAGCCUCACCAGCAGCCAGAAUGAGUUGCUAUGUGAGAACUGUCAACAUGUGAGGCAAUCAUCUGUAUCGUGUAAGGAUAUAGAGGAUCAACAUAUCACAAAGGCGCCAUGUCCUUGCCCUUGCAACUGCAUUAGAAAGUCACCAAUUGUGGUAAACGAAAUUCGUAGUACCUCAUUGGUUCUCGUCUAUAUCUAUUUGGGUGCCUUGACUCUAAUAAUUGCCACACUGGGUAUAAGUUUCUACACGCACACACACCAACAGAGCACAAGGAUUACAACAUUUCAUAAGCAGUUUCAGGAUGAACUAGUCAGAUCGGAGCACAUGCUAAAAGCCAUGGUUCUACAGAUCUUGACCAGAGAUGACAUCUCGGAGUCAAGUUCCACAACACAGAGCAUACCAAAGUCUCCGGAUAUAACCUUCAUAAAGAAUGAGCGUAAAUUUACGGAUAAUCAAAUAAGUCAUACAACACAUGGACCACAUGGGAAAAGGAUGCGCAGGGAUGUCACAUCUCCAACGGCAUCUAUGCAUGCGGAUCCAUUGAUCGAGUUUUUUAAUCCCAAUCAUCGCAAGGUGCUGGAUGAACAGGAUGCAGAGAUACGAAAGCGCACCGGACUAAAGGGAGCGGCACCGGGCGGCGAUGAGUGGAUCUAUUUGAAUACAUAUUGUCGGGUGCCGGAGCAAAUUAUCACGGGAUUCUGUAAGGGUACUCAAGACUAUUGUCCACCUGCGCCGCAGGGACCACAAGGUGAUAUCGGACCGAAGGGACCCACCGGUAACCCCGGAUUGCCUGGAAUUCCCGGACCCAAGGGCAACCGGGGCGACGUCGGGUUGCCAGGAGCCCCGGGGGUUGAUGGUAUUGGUGUCCAGGGUCCGGCCGGCCCUCGUGGGCCCAAGGGUGAUGCAGGCGGCGUGGGCCGAGCUGGUCUCGAUGGUCGUGAUGGAGUGCCUGGCGAACCCGGCCUUGAUGGCGUCCCAGGACGGGCCGGCGCAGAUGGUAAGAAUGGCUUGGCCGGCCGGGAUGGCAAAGAUGGUCUUCAUGGCAAAGAUGGCAAGGACGGCAUGUCUAUUACAGGGCCUAAGGGAGCCCAGGGACCACCCGGAGAACGAGGACUCAAGGGCAUUGCUGGACCUCGUGGUCGCCCUGGCAAGCCGGGAACGAAUGGCACACCUGGCAUACCAGGAAUCAAUGCCUGGAAAAUGCAAUAUCCCAAUGGCAGCGCCUCCAAUGAUCUACUCAUACCGCCAUCCAUAACUGAUCUACGCUCACCCGAUGCCCAACGUUCGGUCAUUGUGGAAGAGGGUCGAACAUUGAAUCUCAGUUGCUCAGCCACUGGAAAUCCAGUGCCCAAAGUUGAGUGGCGACGUGACGAUGGUCGCACCAUCAAUGUCAAUGGCAUGGAGAUGGCCUCCAUUAGCGGGCAAUUCUUGAAGUUCACCAACAUAACCAGGCAUCAAAUGGCUGCAUAUACGUGUUUUGCCAACAAUGGCAUAGCUCCAGUGGCCAAUGCCACCUUCCUUGUGGAAGUGCACUUUGCUCCGAUGAUUUCAGUGUAUCGGCAAAUGAUCUAUGCCGAAUAUCAAAGUAGCGCCACUCUGGAAUGUCAGGUUGAGGCCUUCCCCGAGGCGAUACGCUAUUGGGAACGGGCAUACGAUGGCAAAAUAUUAGAUCCCAGCGAUAAAUAUCGCAUCGAAUCGUAUCCCGAUGGCUUCAAGACCUCAAUGCGUUUGACCAUUAAUAAUCUGCGUAAAGAUGAUUUCGGCUAUUACCAUUGUGUGGCCAGAAAUGAGUUAAAUGCCACAAUGGUUAAUUUUGAAAUAGCUCCCCAAGAUCCCAAUAGUGAAACGCCCUAUGUGGGUAAUAACAUCAAGGUAUAUGGUCAGAGACCACCUGAAAGUGAGUGUCCUGUGUGCGAUCAAUGUCCGGAUCCCAGUUUAUAUCAAUGUAAGGAUUCGAUAUUAAAUAAUUUUGAAAUACAGCCAACUGGCAAUUUAAGUUAUCCCGGUUUACCGAAAAGACCAAAAACCUGUUAUCUGUAUGCUGUGGGUAAACCCGUGUUCCAUAAAGUUGUCAAUGAGAAGUUCGGUUCAUGGCUGAGGGAUGCUGCUCCGAGUGAUAAGGAUAGGGACAAGACUUUUGUGACCAAUGAGAAUGAUCCCUACAACUUGUUUGAAUUCACCACAAGGCAACAGUAUCGCAUGAAUAGUGUGCCCAUGCAUAAAUAUAAAAUACCCGAAGGAUUUCAUGGCAAUGCUCAUGCAGUAUUCAACGGUUCGUUUUACUAUCAGCAAAAGAAUACCGAUCUUGUGGUAAAACUUGAUCUUUUUACCAAUGAGAAAAUAACCACACAAUUACCUUAUGCCGGUAUAGCGGCCUCGAAUCGUCUAUAUAAAACGGACUUCAACUACAUGGACUUCAAUGUAGAUGAAGUUGGUCUAUGGGUUAUCUAUUCAACUUACGAUUCCAACAAUACUAUGGUGGCCAAGUUGGAUGCCAAAACCCUAAAAAUGCAAUAUAAUUUCAAUAUCACUCUCGAUCAUCAUCAAUUCGGAGAAAUGUUUAUCGUUUGCGGUAAUCUAUAUGCCAUUGAUUCCGGCACCGAUAAGAAUACACAAAUUCGCUAUGUUGUCGAUCUGUACAAGGGUAAACUGUUGAAUACAAAUCUACCAUUUUCGAAUCCCUUUAGUCACACAACCACUGUGGGAUACAAUCCAUUAACUGUGGAACUCUACUCGUGGGACAAAGGGAACGCUCUAACAUAUCCUAUACGCUAUAAUGAACAACGUUUGGUUAACGACAAUAGUUAAGAUCGAAUCAAUCCAACAAACAACAACAACAAUUACAAUAACAAAAUCAAAAAUAAA